AUGGCUAUUGGGGAUGCCCAUCUAGGUACUCCGUACCUGCUGGUCGUAUGCCUUUCCGUUUCAAUGUCAGGAGUGAGCGAAUAUGCUGGCAGUUCAGUUCCAGGAGGUAUGAUCGUGGAAGAGACAUCAAACCCUCAGACACGCGGCUCCAGACAGCUGGACUCGGGCGAUCGUUUGGCGAGAGACGAAACAACCGAGCAGUCAUAUCCUACUCUGACCCUUGUCGACUUUGCUUCUGGCGCUUUGGAGGAAGUUGAUGUUGGAACUCAAAUCAUGAACGGGUAA